AUGAAGAAUGAACAUGAAAAACCAGUGGAAAUCCUAUUAAGAACCAAGUUCAACCAAAACAUUUUUAAUUGCGCCAUAAAUCACUGUAGAGCAAAACUUCAAAGUGAAAAGCGAGAGUUGAAAUACUUUUCAAUUCAUUUCAUGAUGGUUGUGGAUGUUUGGAUGGAAGAAGAAGCAGAAACAGCAGGAGAAGAAAAAAAAAUUACACAUCCAUGUUGUUAUGUUGGAAUUGAGUGGUUUGCCAGGCUCAUGAAUUAUGGAUCGUCUUCAUUAGCAGGUUUGCGAUGGAAAAUUUAUGAGAUUGGAAAAGGAAACGAAAGAGAAGCAACGUUGAUAUUAAACGGCUGUCCGUUGAUGUUUUGUGUUCAGUACCAUGUGUUGUAUUCAGUACGUCACAAGUUCUCUUGUUGUUGUGCUUGUUCUUGUUCAUGUUCAACAAAACCAACGAAUGAUGCAUGUGUUGAGGAAAUUUCAGUUGAGUAUAAGGCAAGGCAGCACAAUGACUUCAACUUGGUACAAUGCCCUGCUAUCGACAUUCGAAACAUCAAAAGUGUUUUAAAAGGUACAACUCAUUAA